UUGUUUCUUCUUUGUUCCGUCUGUCGAUAGAUAAGCUGGUGAUCAGUUAUGAGUGAUGGAUUAGUGUAUAAGGAGAUUACAAGAUAUUCACUUCUAUCCAUUAGAACUAGAUUAGCAACCCGUAACUUAAAGUAUUAAGCGUGAAUGCGUUAUCCAGAGAUUAUCUUAUCAUUCGGGAACUAAUUUACAGAACAAUUGGAUUAACGGCAUGUUGAUUAACGAAUCGAAUGUGUUUGAACUGUGUGAUUAGGUGCAAGCGAAAGAGAGGGCGUUCUCACUCUGCACACCGUAGGAACUUAGGAUCGAAUAGAUAGUGUUAACAAAACGCAACGCCAUGCACAAAAGCACUACAGCGAGUGGGCAACAUGGCACGUCUCGUCAAGGGUAUGGCAAGCUACACAAGUCUGGCAGUUCAAUCGAGAAGGAGAACAUCCCCUUUGUCGAUUCGGAUCACGAAGACGAUUGCAUCGGUCGGCGGCCCGCCACAGCAGCGAUCAGUAGUAAGUCGACAGUUGACCAGGAGAACGACACUAUGACAGAAAGCCAAGAAAACCUAGCUCGGGCCUAUGUCGCCCGCUACCAGCCCAGUCUUGCCGAGCGUAGAAUGCAGGAAAAGUUAACCGUUUCCAUCGACAACAGCAGCAAUGAAGGUGAUUUGGUCGAGGAGGCGAAAGACAAAGCGAUGGAGCUGAAAUUGGUCGACGAGCGGGCGAGAGCAUUGCGCCGAAAUUCGAUUUCCUUACCAAGUUUGAACGUUAAUGAGCUGCAAAGAUUGGCACAGCAAGGCCAGGAUGGUUCGGAAUCGGUUAUCGAUUCCGGAUCCGACUCCCUGUCCGGUGAGACUCCGAUUACACCAGAAACUCCCACCACACCGGCGAACUUUAAACCUAUGCUACAAUUUAAUGAUAAUAGCAGCAGCGACGAGGAUGAUAAACCACGAGGCAAAAAUCUUUUCCGCACCAAACGACGUUCCUCAAUUGCACCGCUGCCAGCCUUGCGGCUGAACGACAAAGAGAUGAUGUCGAACGACUUCGAUACGCACAGCGUGCUGAGCAAUCAGGCUUCGAUUACCAGUGUCAAUUCCUUGGCUAGCCUGUUGAAGGAAAAAAUGCAGAAUGUGCCCGCUAUCAUACGGAAGAAAAAGCGCGAAACUAAAGACUACAAGCUUCGCGUAUUUGUCGGCAUGCUGUUUCUUAUCAUCGUAUUUUUGGUUGGCUACGCGUACGUCAUGUACAACCAGAAGCUGUUGGCAAAGUCGUACUUCGAGAGCAUUAAGUUUCAUAAGAAAACGCGCAACUUUCGGCUGCUCGAUGGUAAGGGUUCGGAGCUGCUGACAGGUGUGCUGGGGACGUCGUUGAAUAUCGAGCAACCGUACAACUGUUUGCCGAAGGAUCUGAAGGACGAUGGUAGUGUGUGCUAUGAGUGGAACUCUAAGGCACGGUUGUACAUGAAUCUGGCCAAAUCUCCCGGACCGCCGGACAUUAAAUGCUACUCGUUUCAAUGGGAAUCCCUACUGCCCGAUCUGUAUCCGACCGAUUGUUUCGAUGUUUCGGAGGAGCGUGGAUUUUGGUACGGAGGAGGUCUAACCAACGGCAUUGAAUACAUUCUCGGCAAGGCAACGAUCCCUGGUGGACCGUUUGUAACGGGUGACAUCAAUACACAUCAGUGGGGUAAUGCGUUGAAGCGCUAUUUCCUAAACUCGCGCGGAGUUGCCAUUCAGGUGGACGACACAACGCCACUGUACGUAAGCGUAAACACUGACUCGGGGCGACGUUUGUGCUUGCAAGGUAGAAAUGAUAAGUUUGCAUUUGUAAAUCGUCAGACCCGAUAUUCGGAACUGAAGUACACUAUCUGUUCGGGUCCGGAUAUGAAAACGCUCCACAACGGCCUGAUGCAGAAAAGCCUUUGGGAUGGAUUGACCGAGCGGGACAAUGAUGUGAUUAAAUCGUUGCUACGCGAACCAGUCUGGCAGAUACCGGCCUCCAAGCAGGAAGAUCUCACCGAAAUAGCGAUCUACAACUACACGGAAAGCAUCAUAGCACUUGGAUAUCUACGCCUCGGACAUAUACUCGUGAAUGAGUUUUGGCAGCGAACUAUCGGUGACUUUCGUCUAGACUCGGAACGUUUCCCAACGCUGGACGAAACGGUAAACAUUCUGCAUCGUCGCGGGUUCCGUGUGUCGUUCAUGAUACAACCAUUUAUCAGCACCGAAAGCAGCAACUUCCGUGAGGCGGUCGCGAAAAAGCUGCUUAUAUACGAGCGAGAAUCCGAGCGUAGCAUUCCGGCACUGACGCGAUACAAAAGCACAACAAGUGCCGGUGUACUGGAUGUAACGAACAAUGCGUCGAUUCCCUGGCUUGCGGAACAGCUGAAGAAGAUCUCCGAGACGGUGGAGAUUGAUUCGUACUUUGUAGACUUUGGCACUGCCUUUAACAUUCCGCGCUAUUACCAGUGCUCCCAAACGCUGGUCAAUCCGGACGAGUACAAAAACUACUUCAUGGAACGGUUCGAGGGUACGCUGAGCAUCUUUGGUGUAUCGAGCGCAAUCUCCGUGCCGCGUCCACCAGCGUUCCUGAGCUUACCGCCGGUAAACAGCUCGUGGAGUGGUUUGCAAAGCAUCAUUCCAACGAUGCUUUCGUACGGUAUAAUAGGCUUCCCGUUUCUAAUGCCCGGUCCGGUGGGUGGAGAUUUUGUGCUACCCACUCAGCAGUUGAAAAAGAUGUACUCCUACUAUUCGUUCGAUCUGCCACCGCUACCCGAUAAGGAGCUGUACAUUCGAUGGCUUCAACUUGCCACCUUUUUACCUGUAUUGCGCUUUACACAUCUACCUUCGGAGUAUCGGGACGAUACGGUAACGACCAUAGCGAAAGAAUUGGCUGAAAUACGACAGCGAGUGCUUCCGUUGCUGGAACGCUUUUCGAGCAUUGCCAUGGAUGAAGGGUUACCCAUUAUACGUCCACUCUGGAUGCUGGAUUCGACGGAUGUUAACUGUUUCUCGAUCAACGAUGAGUUUUCGAUCGGAGAUGGGAUGAUUGUGGCACCCGUACUCGAACGUGGUGAGACAGUUCGUGAAGUUUAUCUACCACAGGGCGUUUGGAAGGACGGUAUCGAUGAGUCGUUGCGAAAGGGAAGCCGCUGGAUCCACAACUAUCACGUACCGCAGAAUAAGGUGGCCUAUUUCAUAAAGAUGCCCGACAACACACGCUUUUAGGGCUGACUCCUUACGAAUCCUUCUCUCAGUUCGAAAGGUAAUAGACAAAAAAACCAGUCAACCGUACUAUUUAUUCUAUUAAAUAAACUUUUAUUAAAUACAAUAAAAAACACA